AUGAAUAAAAUCUAAGUAAAAACAUACAUACAUAAAUAAAUAAUAAAUUAAUUGAAUAUAUAAUUUAUAUAUUUUAAACAGUUUUAAUAAGGUCACUAAGUACAUCAAUAAAUAAAUACAAGUAAGAAAAUAAAGCCAAAAAUCUGGUUGCAAAUAUUAAAAUAAAUUAAUAUUAGAUAGAAAAUACAAUCGAAAAGGAAUUACAUCACUCAUUAAUUAAGCCCAACAUCAUAAAAACGAAUAAGAAUCAAUCAAUGA